UUUCAAUUUCCAGAGCGUUCAGUUGUAUCGAGCACCAACAGGUGUUAAAAACGUGUCUAAAAACGUACAGCGGCUUGCGAAAGACAAAUCGGUAAAAAAGCAAAUUCAAUUACAAAGCAAUAGGUUUUCUGUACCUUUAUUGUGCUUGCAUUUUCAGAGAAAACAUUUGUGGAUUAUAAUCAGACAAAUAUCAAAGGAUAUAUCUAACUACUCAACGUAGCAGCGAAUAUAUAUUUCAAGUGUACACACGAUGGGCAACCAGCAUGCACUGGUGUUACUAGUGCUACUCGCGCUAGGCGCCGUCCAGCAGACAUUUACCAGCUCCCUGCACGCGGCCGAUUUGACGGAAGCGAAGUACAAUCUCUUGGGUGAUGUGGACAAGGAGGAGGCGUCAAAGUGGGCGCAUGCCAAAGAACAUGGCAUUAAAAUCUCCACACCUAAGGUUAAGGAGAUACCAAUCACCUCCACAACAACAACAACGACAGAAACAACAAAGCAAGCUAAGAAGUUGGCAGCAACCACACAGCAUCAAGAGCUUGGCGGUGAGCUAAAUAACGCGCUCUACGAAGAUAAUGAAUCGGCCGAGCAGCAGCAGAUGAGCGAUGAGACGCUUAACGAUCUGAUCGAGGCAUCAAAACAUAGCGUAGCACUUGCCGAUGAUCCAAGAUUCAAUAAAAUGUUGCCUCAUAAAUUGAAGACGGAGAAUGCCACCGCCACGAGCAAUAAGAGUGAGGAGAACUAUUAUGAUUAUGAUACCGAUGACUAUGAUGAUGAUUACAACUAUGAUGAUGAAGUUGCCGCCACAGAGUCCACGCAGAAGGUGAAGAGCGGUAGCAGCACAACCGUGAAACCUAACAGAGCCGUCAAUACGGCAGCAAAGAACAGCAAGAAAGUGGAAAUGAAACCGAUUAAGGAAGAAAAAACGUCAUCUUCCAAGCUUAAAGACGACACACAAAUUGUCGACAACAAACAACAGCAGAGUGCAAAGAAAAUCGAAGAUUUAGACGAAGAUGACUACGACGAGGACGAUGAGGAUGAGGAUGAUAUUAACGAUGAGGAAGAGAUCGUUUACAAUCAGAAUGUGCCCUGCCCGAGAUAUUGCGUUUGCGCACGCAAUGUCAAUAGCUAUCUGGUAGCGACUUGCAGUCGUUUUGAUCCCGAAACACAGAAAUUCGGUUCGGACAUUACCGAUUUGAUUGUGACCGAUGUCGGUCCGAAAUAUCCCAUAUUGUUGGGCCCGGAAUUCUUCCUGCAGAUGGGUCUGAAAUAUGUAUCAUCCAUUAAAAUCUCCAAUUGCACCAUUGAAUUUUUGCAUUCCGAUGCCUUCCAUGGUUUGGACGAGCUGUACUCGGUGAAUUUGACAAAUGUCGGCUUGACAGUCAUCAAUCCAAAUACUUUCUCUAAGAAUAAGAAAUUGCGUUUGUUGACCAUCUCAGGCAAUGACUUGAGCGUUAUGUCUAACGUACAUUUCCUAUUGAAUUCCUCGAGCAUUGAGGAGCUGGAUUUGUCACGUAACAAUCUGAUGGAAUUGCAUCCACAAGCGUUUUCGAAACUCUACAAUGUCGUCUAUAUUAAUCUAUCGCAGAACAAUUUGGAGAAGAUACCCGAUCAUGUCUUUGACUCUGUAGAGACCAUUGAAGAAUUGGAUUUGUCGUACAAUGCUUUGAAAACACUACCGGCCAACGUCUUCAAUCGCACAACGCUCGCUAUUUUGCAUCUUAAAUAUAACUCCAUUACCGGUGACUUGCACUUCGGCAACGAUGAUCUGCAGCAACUCGAUUUGAGCUUCAACAACAUCAAACACGUACACCACGGCAUGUUCGACCGCAUGACUGGCCUAACCAAUCUCAAUCUCAAGGGUAAUGGUAUUACGAAGAUUCAAGCGGACUCUUUCUUGGCGCUGAAGCGUUUGCGUCACAUUGAUUUGUCCAUCAACGACUUGGAUCAAGUAUCUAGCAUGAUUUUCUACAAGAAUUCCGAACUGGAUGUCAUACGUUUGAAUGACAACCCACGUCUUAGCCAACUACCCACCGACGGUUUCCUCAGUUACAACGGUCUAUUCACCGUUUACUUCUUGGACAUCUCCAAUUGCGCUAUUGGCGCACUCGGCCACAAGACAUUCUCCACAAUGCCACAUUUGGCUACGCUGAAACUUGCCUGGAACAAUAUUAAUAACUUGGAGCGUGACACUUUCAUCAGCCUCAACAAGUUGACCGAACUGGAUUUGAGCAACAAUCUCAUUGCACGCCUCGAUGAAUUGCUCUUCAUGAAUAACAAUGAAUUGACGAAGUUGAAUCUGGCUGGUAAUCCAAUACGCAAAUUGUCGGUGCGUCUAUUCAUGCCGCUGGCGAAACUACAAGAAUUGGAUGUCAGCGAUUGUGAGCUAUCUUCACUACUAUCUGAGAAUCAGUAUGGCAUGGGACGUAAAUAUAAAUUCUACGAGACUCUACGCAGCUUCAAUGCAUCAUCCAAUCAAAUCAAACGUAUAUCGUCCGGUGAUGUGCGCAGCUUCAAGAAUCUACACACUUUGGACAUUGCACACAAUCCACUCAAGUGUAGCGAAGACUUCCAAGACUUCAUAAGCUAUGUAUCACUUAGACCCUACCUGGGACCCAACAAAUUGCCGACACAUGCUGAACUUGAGGUUGGUGACGCGAGCCUUGUCGAAUACCAGCCACAUGCCGACUGGGCCGCGUUGGCGCAUGAGGUAUGCCGUCAUCAAGAAGAGGGCACAAUCACCAAACCAACGCAGAAGAGCUUGGAAAAACGUAUCGAACAAGCAGACAAAGAGCUAGACAGCGAUGCAAAGAGUUUGUGGAAGAUUGUGGAGAAUACCAAAACUUACAAACAUAAAAUACUUAAGGACACAGAGAAGAGUGAUGUUGUGAUUGCAGGCAAUUUAGAUGAUGACAGCGCUGAAGAGGAUGAGAACACAGCCGAAGAAGACAAGGAUGAAGAGGACGAAGCUGAUGAAAACGAUAGCGAGUAUGAUGAGGAUGAAGACGAUGAGGAUGACGAUGAUGAUGAUGAUGAUGAUGGAAAUGCUAAGGGUAAGAAGCACAACAAGGAUGAGACCGAAAAGAAGAUUGACAUUACGAAGUUGCACGACUUUGGCGUACAUGUAGAAGAGGUGGACCUAAGCAAGGAAACUAAAGAUCAAUUCCUGUUGAACAAAUUCUUAAUGAACGGCGACGACUCAAGUGAAAAUGAUCCCGAAGAGGAAAUCAUUAUUGAGCGUGGACGCAUCUACUACGAGGGCUAUAAAUUCCUCAUACCCAUUAUUGUGAUCAUCACAUGUCUGCUUAUACUCGUGCUCGUACUCGUCAAGAUUGUGUCAAUUGUCUUGCGCAAGCGCGGCGAACGUUAUCGCAUGGCAUUGUUGGCUUCCUCAAACAAUUCGAUUGUCUAUCAGAAGCUCUCGGAAGAAAUCAAACCGAAAGUGAAGGAGCCGAAGAUACCCAAGGUGCAUCGUUAUGCGCCCAUCAAUCAGGUCUAAGACAAUAAAGUCGAGCACAAGCACGCGCACACAUACAUACGCCUGUAUGUGUAUUGGGAGUGACGCACAGACUCGCAGCGAUUAGCUGUUGGGUAUGUUUGUAUGGGUGUGAAAUGGGAAUGGCAGUUGAAACAGACUCAACAACACAAUCACUUGUUAUUAAAAUGUUUUAAUUUUAAGCAAAAAAAAAUAAAAAUAUAUUUAAAAAACAUGAAAAAUAGUAAAAUGCAAAACACAAGUAAAACAGAGACACACACACACAAUCACAAUAAACGAAAAAUAUAAACAAAAAUUAAAAUAAAAUAAAAAAAAAUCAUGUGAAAUUCGUAAGAAGGCGGGAACAAAGUAUUAAUACCGAAUUAAACUUAAAAAUACAAAUAAAAUAUGCUACUUUGCUAAAUAAUAGUACUUAACUAAGCUUAAAUACGGGAUAUAGAACAACUGAAAACAGUUGUUGGUUGGCUGCAUACAUAUUUCUUUCCGGUUCCCAAACAUGACUAACAGCUAACAACAACUAACAACAAAACGAGCAAUGGAAGAGAGUGAACAAAGAAGAAAUAAUUAUAAUUUACUUUAACAAAGCAACGGUAUGCAUUUCAAUUAAAACUGUAAAAUUAAAAGAAUUACUAUUAAUUUAAUAAAAAAAAAAAAAAAUAACGCCUCAAUAUAACAAUUCGUCCUGGUGUAAAACUUAUUUGCAAAUAAAAACUAAAAACUUAGUGCCAUCGUUGGAACAUUUUUGGAAUCAUAAAGAUUUUUUUUUUUUCAAAAUUUUAACACAGUCCUAAAAAGCACAUAAUACUAAUAUCCAGAAGCUGGCGUUUUUAUAUACAUAUAUAGUAGAAAAAAAAAUUAAAAAGACAUAAAACUUAAACUGCAUUUCGGUGAAUGAUUAAACAUAAAUUUUACUAUAUACACUAUAUAAAAUUAAUAUAUACAUACACACAUAUUAACUAUAAAUACGUUAAAUGUUUUCUGUAAUAUAUGUUUAAGUGAAUUCUUAUAUACAUACAAACAACACUUUGAAGCUUUUUACUAUCUGAAAGGAACAUUUAUACUACAAAUUCUUCCACAAUAUUUUUUUUACAUUAGUUUAUAUGUAUAUGUAUGCAUACUUACAUACACACAUACAUAUGUAUAUAUAUACAAUUAAGUUCUUUGCUAUAUAAUGUAUUUUCCAGCGCAUAAGCAAUGCUAUCCAGGCAUUGCUUAAGUGAAAGAAAUUAAAUUAUUUUUUAACGAAGUUUUUUUUUAAUAAAUUCGGAGUAAAUUAAAUUGGUUAAUUUUACAAAUAAAUAUAAUUUACACACAAAGAAAAUUUAUAUAAAACUUUUCUCGAGAUUCAUGUUCGCGUGUACCAAUUAAGUUAAUAACAAACGAAGCAGACAUUUUAUAUAGUACAGUUAACUAGCGAAGAAUUUUAAUAAAAACUACGAUUUUCGAGAAAAGGUACAA